AUGGGUGACUGGAACUUUCUGGGGAGACUAUUAGAGAAGGCACAAGAGCACUCAACGGUUAUUGGCAAAGUUUGGCUGACGGUACUAUUUAUCUUCAGGAUCUUGGUGUUGGGGGCCGCGGCUGAGGAAGUCUGGGGAGAUGAGCAGUCGGACUUUACGUGCAACACACAGCAACCUGGCUGUGAGAACGUUUGUUAUGACGAAGCCUUUCCGAUCUCCCACAUACGCUUCUGGGUGCUACAGAUCAUCUUUGUCUCCACACCAACCCUCAUCUACCUGGGUCAUGUGCUCCACAUUGUGCGCAUGGAGGAGAAAAAAAAAGAGAAGGAAGAGGAGAUGAGGAAACUAGUGAAUAGUGAAUACCUGGGGAGGUCGGAAGCAGAAUCUGGUGGUGGUGACCACAGUAGCGGUAACAAAGCUCCUCCACAGAAAGAAGAGAAGCAGCCACUCUGUGAUGAGCAUGGCAGGAUUCGCAUGGCAGGAGCUCUGCUACGCACAUACGUAUUCAACAUUAUUUUUAAAACUCUGUUUGAAAUAGCCUUCAUUGUGGGCCAAUAUUUCCUUUAUGGCUUUGAGCUGAAGCCGCUGUACCGCUGCAGCCGCUGGCCCUGCCCAAACACUGUGGAUUGCUUCAUUUCACGCCCCACAGAGAAGACCAUCUUCAUCAUCUUCAUGCUGGCGGUCGCCUCUCUCUCUCUGCUGCUCAACAUGCUCGAGAUAUACCACUUGGGGUGGAAGAAGCUCAGGCAGGGCAUGUCCAGCAGACUCCACCAAGAACCACCCAUCACCACCACCAUUGCAUCAAUCUCAGAAGCGGAAGACUCGAAACCCACCUCUCUGUCGGCUUUGCCAUCAACAGCACCACCAGUGCCUGUUCCCUCUAUCACUGUGCCUGAGACUCGCGCCAUCACUCCGGUUUUUCAGCAAACCGGGUUGCCACAGUAUGCUGAGGCUUUGUCUGCAUCCCACCCAGCCUCUGCCUCAACCUCCUUGGCUAGCUACCCAAGGGGGCCACCGAUUAGUGAGGAGAGGCAUAAAGUCACCAGGAACAAUACAGUCUCUACUCCCUUAGCAAGUACAUCUUCCAUCCCUUCACCCUCACCAAUCAUCAACUCCUACUUCAACAGCUGCAGUCAUGAGCUGGCUGAUGAGCAGAACUGGGCCAAUUUGGCAGUUGAGCAGCAGAGGAAACUGCCAGUCUCCAGUUCGUCUUCCUCGACCACCCGGAGCAGCCUCCAACAGUCACCGCUUGAGCAAGAAGAGCCCAGUGAGCACCCUCCGCCCCCACUUUCUCUGUCACCUACAGCUGCUACCAACAGCAGUAGCAUGAGCACCAGUCUGAGCAGGGGAAGUAGCAGCAAGUGGGAUGGAGAUGGAGAAGAGGAGGAACGACCCGUGUCAGCUACCCACACCCUGGUGGAGAUGCACGAGCCGCCUCUGCUCAUAGACACACGCCGCCUGAGCAGGGCUAGUAAGUCAAGCAGCAGUAGAGCCAGGUCCGAUGACUUGACCGUGUAG